CAUCUCAGGAGCAUCAAUCGUUCCGAGCUAGAGCUACCGCAAUAAACCAUCAAAUCAGCUCAGAUACGACUUUCACUUAUUAUUCACAGAUUGUUUGUGAUACUAAAAUCAUACAUAUACUCUGGGCGUGCCUUUUAAUUUGGACCACCAAAAUGAGUCGCUUUAAUUCCAUGGUUCCUGUCGAAGAAUAUCUCGCGGACAGUAAUGUGAUGUUCUACUUAUGUGAUGCUGUGACCCAACUUUUGGAACAUAAAGAAGAAUACACGCAGUUUGGUGUGAUCCGUUAUUUUGCUGAAUAUUUCAGCAGUGUGAAAAACAGCAACCACAUACUCUUCAGAGAAUAUAGCUACAUAAAGGCUACUCCUCACAACAGAACAUCUUUCAUCAGAGUAUUCUGGAGAUGCUACAGACAGAUUGGAAAGAGUGGUGAUCUAUUGUCUAUGCUGGAGUACAGGUCCUUGCUACAACUACUGUGUCCUGACUUUCCCAUGGAGGUAGUGCAAUGUGCAGCCCGGAUUGUCCUGAUGGAUGAUGCUAUAGAUUGCCUGAUGUCCUUUUCUGACUUUCUCUAUGCCUUUCAACUACAAUUGUACUACCAAGAGUUUCUGGAAAGCAUCCUGGAGAUUUAUCAAGAUUUGCUUGCUGGAAAGAGUCCUAACACAGUCAUUGUUCCCACCUCCACAUCCGUUGAACAGCUCCCUCCUGUGGCUGCAGAAGAGAAUGACAAAGAAGAGCAGCAGCAGGAUGGAGUCGAGACAUCAACUCUGGCACAAUGUAUAGAAGCCCUCUGUGACCGCUUCAAACACAAUUAUCCUCCUAGGUCAUGUAUGAGAGACAUCCUGAAACAAAAUGACAAAGUCUCAUACUACAGCUUUCUCAUGAGCUUGGCAAAACAUGAAACUGUCAAUCGAACAAUUGGAGCACUACCAAGCAAAGCUGAGCUGCUCAUUGACCCAGAGAUGGACCAAGAAUUAGACAAACUAAUUACACAGAUCUCUGUGAGCCCAGGCAGUAACAGCAGCGGCAGUGCAGUGGGGGCCCUGAAGGAAGCCCAGAGGAAAGCCUCUCCUCGAAGGAACAUCCACCACAAGAGAAGGAUGGAGGUGGAGAGUGAUGGCUCCACAGAAGAGACUGACUCCUCUGAAAACUGAACUUACGCCUCGAAGCAAUCAUGUUUUUAUUGAGAGAGCAACCAGUAUGUAAAACAUGCCAUUAUUUAAAUGUUGUCUAAUCAAGUACAUUUCUGAAAAUGUUUCAAAGCGGAUUAUACAAAAUUUUUGCUAACAAUGCUGUUUUUGUUUCAUUUUUUAUUAGGUUUUAUUUUUUUGUGUCCUAGAAAAUGUUGUGGGAUUUACCUCUGGGUCACUCAUCUCAUGCAUAAAACUGUGUUUAAAAGUAUUCUACAUAUUACUUAUUUAUUAAUAUGAAAUUAAUUGAAUUUACUAACUAUAAAAAGUCAUUGGAUAUUGGUUUCUAUCUCUGUCUUGUACUUUCUGUUGUAGUAUUGAAUAGAAAUUGGUGAAUACUUGUAUACCUGUACAAAAAAGUGCAUAUCAUUUUGUCAAACACAUAGACAAGGCAAAACAAAUUACUUUGAAUUAACAUUUACAUUUUUUCUGCUCAAUGAAAAUACCAAACAUGGGAGGAUAUAUCGCACUCUUUCCAACAUGUAUUUAAUUCAGCUU